AUGACCGACACGACAGGCGCCAACUUACCAUCCUCCACAACCUUAGGCCCCGAACCCCCAAUCUUCUUCUUCAAGCCCGACGAACCCCUCGGCGAGUUCUGCCAGUGGUACCCGGCCAAGUUUACCGCCAGCAAGGCCGACAUCUGCGCGGAGCAGUUCAUGGUGUACUGCAAGGCGGGGCGGUUCCGCGACGCGGAGACGCAGAGGCUGGUCCUCGCGACCAAGGAUCCCAAGGAGCAGAAGCGCCUGGCGCGCCUGACGCGGGGGUUCGAGGCCUCCAGCUGGGAUGAGAUCAAGAGCGAGGUGGUGGUCACGGGGAACAUGGGUAAAUUCGGCCAGAACCGGCGACUGAGGAGCUUGCUGCUGAGUACCGGGGAUCGGGUCCUGGCCGAGGCGGCUUCGCAGGACCGGGUAUGGGGUAUUGGGUUCACCGCUAGGGAGGCUAUGGCGCUUCAGAAGCCGGAACUUUGGGGGGAGAAUAGGCUGGGGAAGGUGUUGAUGGAGGUGAGGCGGCGACUACGGGAGGAGGAGCAAUAG